AUGACGGUGAAGGUGAUUGAGAUAUCGAAAGGAAGCAAAGUAAAAUGCGAACUUGACAAGAAAACUGGUCUGAUCACGGUUGAUCGUGUCUUGUAUUCAUCAGUUGUCUAUCCUCACAAUUACGGCUUUAUUCCUCGAACAUUAUGUGAAGACAAUGACCCAAUGGUUGUUCUAGUCCUUAUGCAGGAACCUGUAGUUCCUGGUUGUUUUCUUCGAGCCAGAGCCAUAGGACUGAUGCCCAUGAUUGAUCAGGGCGAGAAAGAUGACAAGAUUAUUGCAGUUUGUGCUGAUGAUCCAGAGUAUCGCCACUACAUUGACAUCAGCCAGCUUCCACCUCAUCGUCUAACUGAAAUUCGCCGCUUCUUUGAAGAUUACAAGAAGAAUGAGAACAAAGAGGUUGCAGUAAAUGAGUUGCUGCCUUCAGCUACUGCUAUGGAUGCCAUCAAGUACUCUAUGGAUCUAUAUGCCGAGUACAUCUUGCAGACCUUGAGGAAGUAA